UUCUUAUUUGGAUCAGCUCAUGUACUGAAGCAGCCAUUAUUCCUACAAGCAUGUGAAUUAGCAUUUACUGGAUGCGGCUCUGAUGGAAACCAUGACAUUUCAGAGCAAGAAUUUGGAGGCUCCAUUUUAUUGGCAAUUCCAAACUUGAAUGAAGAUGAGAUCCAUGAACUCUUCCUUUUGUUUGACACUGAUAGCCAUGGGAGCAUCAGCAAGAACAAUUUUAAUACGUGUUUAAGGAAAAAUCCAUUGCUCAUAGCACUUUUCUCGCCCCAAUUGUUGCGUUUGGAUUUCCCUAGCAGGUCAUAG